CUGCGCUUAUUUUAUCAAGGCACAACGAAGAAAUUGGUUUUCUCCUCCUUCUCAUUCUCUCUCUCCCUUCUCAGCUAAGUAAUAAAAGCAAUUGGUUUUCAAACGUCACAUUUCCAUGUCGAAUAAACCGUACCCUCACCACUCACAUCAUCACUACAGUGAAAAGAAAACACUAACCCUUCAGCUUUGGCCUUUGGCUUUUGCAGAAGGUAAUCAAUCUCUCAGACUCUUAACAGUUAACACUCUCUCACCCCACUGUGAUUUUACUACAUCACCCGCUCUCCUAAACUCUCAUCAAUUUCCCUCUUUCAAACCCACAACCCGACCUCAAUUUGUUCCAUAUACUCCUGAAAACCCAUCUCGACCCACCCAAGAACAGGGUUCAAGAACACGAGAUUACUCAACGUGCUUCAACUGUGGCAAGAAAGGUCACUGGUACAGACAAUGUCCUCUUGCUCUUCACAGUAACGGUUCCUCUCCGAUCCCCGAUAAGAUAUAUUGCCGCUGUGGGUACGGAUUCUGCUUGGUGAAGACUUCAAAGUCUACUAAGAACUUCGGAAAGAUGUUCUAUGUUUGCCCAAUCAAAGAGGGGAAACAGUGUAAAGGGUUUAUUGGAUUCUGUAAUGAACCACCUAGGGAUGAAGAAUACUUUGAUCCUCCGCCGUAUAAGUACCCUGUUUGUGAGUGCGGUGCAGGGGUUUGUGCAAAAGAGAGGGACCCCAAUGCUGAUAGAAAGUUCCGUUUUAUUUGUCCUGUUCAACCGGGACAUGGAAACUGUGGAUUCAUUGUGACAGAGGAUGAACUGCGUGGUAAGCAGCGAAUUAGGGGCUUGAGUGGGAGUGGUGAAUUACUUGUCGAUUAUCCAGAAAGCAUGACAGCCAUGGACAUUUCCGAGGCUCCCUCCUUGAACGCCAUACCUGAGGUUCCACUGGGUGACGAUACAUCACCAAAGGCAACGCCUCCAAGACAAGUUGGUUUAAACAAAUUUGAGGUUAUUGAUGAUGAUCUUGAUGCAGAAGAUGUGAACUGGGAUGACUUUGACAAGGAAGCGGAGUCAUUCCGGUCAAGAUUUGCAACAGGGCUAACUUGCCGACAAAAUCUUUUCGGCAACAACAGUUUCAAUGAUGCUAUUGGUGAUAAUGCACCACCAACAGGCACUUUCACAUCCUAUGAUGAGAUCUCUGAUUCUGAACACCCAACUGCCGGCGAUAGUCCUCCUGAAUGCAAUCAGUCUACCAUCACUAGCCUUAAUGAAGAUGCACAACUUUCUUCAAGAGGUAGCGAUACUACGGUUUUGGGUCAGAUUUCCGGAGAUGAUGUUAUGCAAACUGAGGUUCCUGGAGGUGUUAGUGCUAUGCUAACAGUGACACAAGGCACCAAACGGAAGCUAAUGUCGGAGGCCGAAAGAAGAAAGAAAAUGGUGUCAUAUAUGCUUCGUGAGUUUCUCACAGAACUCGAGGACCUGGAUAUUCAUGAUCAUGACUCUAUUAGAGUAGCGGUGGAUGGCUGUUUUAAGAUAUUGCAGGAGCUUGUUCUUUCUGCUGACUAUAAGCUCUUUUCUGACCAUGUUUGUGACUACAUCAAUAAUGUUUCAGCCAUAGCAGAAAUCGACAAGUCCAUGGAGAAUCGCCUCACUCUGGACGAAUCCAAUCGAAUUAUCGAAGAGGAGAAAACGAAGCUUGCACAGAUCCAGGAAGAAACUGUGGAGACCGAGGCAAUGCUCAAAGCAUGUAACUGGAAAGGGAAAAUGCUUCGCGAAGAAGUCUUGCGUAUGAAGGCCGAGCUCCACGAGAAGCAGAACCAACUGAAAUCUUGUGAGCUGGAGAGCGCGACGAUCGAGUCUCGUCUUGGUGACUUAAAGAGAAGGAGGCUGGAAGCUGACACAAAAUUGAAGGGCAGAGCUGAGGAAGCUGAAUCCGCAAGGAGACUGAAUGAGGAGAGACAACUGAAGCAAAUGGCAGCUAUGGCAGCUCUGGAGAAGCUCAAGCAUCAAUUACAAAACUGAAUAUUCACUGCUAUUACUCACUUUUUAAUUUCUUAUGAAGCGUAUGUAUUGUGCUCAAGUUAUUAAAACUCCUAUUACUUAGUUUUUAUUUUCUUAUCUCCCUCUAUGUAUAUGAAGCGUGUGUAUUGUGCUCAAGUUAUUAACUCCUAUGUCCUAUCGAUGUAACUGAACUGGUGGUUGUGGGUUUGGUUACUCCCACGUUUAACAUGAUGUCUAUAUUAUAUAUUA